CCGGCGCCGCCGCCACUUCCGCCCCCGCCUCGCUGGCUGCGCCGUUACCGUGGAGACGCAACAUGGCGGCCGCAGGUGCUGGCUGCAGGGAGAGGCGACACUGAGCCGCUCAGCUCCAAACCAUGAGCUGGCUCUGCCCUUGGGGAUGCCGGAGCUGAACCUUCCAGCCCUUGGGGAAAGAAGAUGCUCCAGACCAGCAACUACAGCCUGGUGCUGUUCCUGCAGUUUGUGCUGCUUUUCUACGACCUCUUUGUCAACUCCUUCUCAGAGCUGCUGCGCACAGCCCCUGCUGUCCAGCUCGUCCUCUUCAUCAUCCAGGACAUUGCUAUUCUCUUCAAUGUCAUCAUCAUCUUCCUCAUGUUCUUCAACACCUUUGUCUUCCAAGCUGGGCUAGUCAACCUCCUGUUCCACAAGUUCAAGGGUACCAUCUUGCUGUCAGCAGCUUACCUGGCCCUCAGCAUCUCCUUCCACAUCUGGCUUAUGAACCUGCGCUGGAGGGACUCCAACCACUUCGUGUGGACCGAAAGCCUCCAGACUCUCUUUGUUUUCCAGCGGCUGGCAGCCGUGCUCUACUGUUACUUCUACAAGAGGACAGCGGUGCACCUGGGUGACCCUCUCUUCUACCAGGACUCGCUCUGGCUGCGCAAGGAGUUUGCACAUUUCCGUGGCUGAUGGCUCCCAGCGAGUUCUGGGCCAUCCACCACCCAUCCCCUCAGCUUCCCAGCAGCUCCCAGCACUUGGCUGGCUCCACUGGGGAAAGGUUUGGCUCCUCCAUCUUCCCGUGUUCCUCCAGCACUGGCAUAGCUGAUGUGGAUGGUGGAGACCUGCCGGUGUGUCCUGGCUGUGUGGUGGGCACUGCAGCUCCUGGUGGGACUUGAGUUGUUUUGUGAAGAGUAAAGAAAUAAAAGUGGAUGGUGUUUUUUUUUCCAGA